AUGGCGGUGUAUUAUAAAUUUAAGAGUGCAAGAGAUUAUGAUUCAAUUGCUUUGGACGGUCCUUUCAUCUCAGUUGGUAUUUUGAAAGAAAAAAUUUUCGAAUCGAAGCACUUGGGAAGGGGCACUGAUUUUGACCUUGUGGUCACCAACGCCCAGACUAAUGAAGAAUAUCUCGAUGAAGCAAUGUUGAUCCCAAAGAAUACAUCAGUUUUAAUUCGUCGUGUUCCUGGAAGACCUCGGUUACCCAUUGUUACAAAACAAGAGCCAAAAGUGGAAGAUGAAAUUGAAGAGACUGAACAAGAAAAGUCAACUGUUCCAGUUGCAGAUUCAUCAUCCGCCCUGCGAUUUCCUGAAGAUUCUGAGUGGGAUGAAUUUGGUAAUGAUCUGUAUGCAAUUCCUGAAAUGCAUCCUGUUCAGCCAAGUAAUCCAAUUCCAGAUGCACCUCCUACAAAUAAAGCUGAAGAAGACAGCAAGAUUAAGGCCUUAAUUGAUACCCCAGCCUUAGAUUGGCAACAUCAAGGUUCCGAUGGCUUUGGUCCUGGUAGGGGUUUUGGGAGGGGUGCUGGUGGAAGAAUGGGAGGACGUGGUUUUGGCUUUGAAAGGAAGACACCUCCACAGGGAUACGUGUGUCAUAGAUGUAAAAUUCCUGGGCACUUUAUUCAACACUGCCCCACAAAUGGAGAUCCAAAUUAUGACAUAAAAAGAGUUAAGCCUCCCACUGGGAUUCCAAAGUCUAUGCUGAUGGCCACACCUGAUGGCUCAUAUGCAUUGCCAAGUGGUGCUGUAGCUGUCUUGAGGCCGAAUGAGGCUGCUUUUGAGAAGGAGAUUGAAGGAUUUCCUUCCACUCGUUCAGUUGGUGAUUUUCCCCCUGAGCUUCACUGCCCUCUGUGCAAGGAGGUUAUGAAAGAUGCUGUUUUAACAAGCAAGUGUUGCUUUAAGAGCUUUUGUGAUAAAUGUAUUAGGGACCACAUUAUCUCUAAGUCAGCAUGUGUAUGUGGAGCAACCAACGUUCUUGCAGAUGAUCUCUUGCCAAAUAAGACACUCAGGGAUACAAUUAAUCGUAUUCUGGAGUCUGGUGGUAAUAGUAGUGCUGAUAAUGCUGGUAGCACCUUUCAGGUGCAAGACAUGGAAUCUGCUCGCAUUGCACAGCCAAAGGUUCCUUCCCCUACCUUAUCUGCUGCUUCGAAGGGAGACAAAAUUAUACUGUCAGUCAAUGAACAGACUACGAAGAUCAAGGAGGUAGAGGAGGAAAAGGCUAUUACCUCUGGACCUCCAACCGCAGAGAAAGUGAAGGCCACAAAAGUAGUUGACGAGUCUGAAGCUACACACGAGUCAAUGAGCAUGAAGGAACAAGCUUCACAAGGGAGCGCUUUGAUAGUUGAUGAAGAAGUGCAGCAGAAGAUGGCUGCUGCUAGUGAGGCAGUAAAGAAAAAGAAGAAGAAGAAAGUUCGCAUGCCUACAAAUGACUUUCAAUGGAAAACUUCGCAAGAUCUUGCAACGGAAAAUUAUAUGAUGCCCAUGGGUGGCCCAACCCCAUAUAAUCCAUAUUGGACUGGCAUGCAACCUGGAUUUGAUGGAUACAUGCCUUCAUAUGCUGCUCCAAUGCCCUACAUGGGUGGCUAUGGGAUGGGUCCCAUAGACAUGCCAUUUGGACCUGUCAUGCCUCAGGACCCAUAUGGCAUGCAAAGUUACAUGUUUCCUGUUGCUCCACCUCAGAGGGAUCUUGCGGACUUUAGCAUGGGUAUGAAUAUUGCACCUCCUGCAAUGAGCCGUGAGGAAUUUGAGGCUCGGAAAGCUAGCAUGAGGAGGAAGCAUGAAAAUGAGAGGCGGGUUGAAAGGGAGCGGGAGCCUCCGAAAGAUCGGGAGUUUGGAAGGGAAGUGAGUAGCAGUGGCGAUGUCUCUUCAGUGAAACAAAAAUCUAAGUUUGCACCCCAAACGUCAACUGGUGAACACAACCAGAACCGUCGCCAACCUGAGAGCUCCCCUGACAUUGCAAGGAAUGCUGGGCCGCCUUGCUUGCCACCACGCAAAAGAAAAUCUGAGCACCAUGAUCAUGAUGUUGACAAGGAUGACAAUUCUGAUCCUUAUGAUCAUGGCCACCACCGCCAUCAUCGUCAACAUUCAGAGUCCCGAGCAGCCUCUGAAGCUUCUGCUAAAUCUGCGGCCAGUGCAGCUGCAGAUCGCAAGCAAAAGAUGAGCGUGUUCUCUAGAAUUAGCUUCCCAGCUGAGGAAGAGAUGGCGAAGAAACGGAAAUUGCACUCUUCAAAGGAAGCACCACCAAGUGACACUGGUGCUUCAGCAACACACCACAAGACAUCAUCCAAUGGUUACUACGAUGACUACAAGGCGAAAACAGUCACAGCAGGGAUGAGCAGUCGUGGGAGGAGUAGUGCUACUUCGCUUGAUUGUGAGUCGAGCGACGAAGAUAGGCAUUUCAAGAGAAAACCAUCUAGGUACGAGCCAUCACCUCCUCCACCAUCGGACUGGGAUCAGGAGGAAUCUAGACAUCCCAGAGGCUCAACAAGAGAGCGGGAUCGCGAUCGCGAGCGGAGUAGCUACAGCAAACACAGGUAGUAGUUUGAGGGAACCACGAAGAAUUGCGGCACCCAAGAAUGCAGCGGCCAACGCCUACGCAGGGUAAGGUCAGGAGAUGCAGUUUGAAAAUCCAAAUGGGAUUGAAGUGAAAGUACAAGCAGCAUAUGUAUGAAUGAGAUUGCAUUGUUUGUGGCAUCUAGUGGGGAUGCUAACUGUAAUAGAGGCUUGUGCGUUGUGCUCGAGCUUCUUCUUCUGUAUUUGCUUGUCAUAAAUAUACGAAUGAAUUUUUCGUUCUCUAUUUGGGUUCUGAGGAAUCUUUAUAUCACGAGAAAUUUGUUUGUCUUCCUUAUUUUAUAAAUAAAUUAGCGAAGGCCUCGUUUAAGGGGCGUUUU